GUGUCUUGUACUAGCUGAUCUACAGUAUGUUCUCUUCCUCUCAUAUUUCCUCUGACACUUUUUUUUUAUCUAUAUGUGCUGGAUGGGUAUCAGGUUGUCAGUUAUGUCUAACAUAAGCAGGUUAUUCCUGUUCUUAAUUCUUUCACUCAAUAAGUGAAUUAGUAGAAAUAUUUACAUGCUAAUUAAAUUAACUAAAGAAUGGAAUGUGGAAUAUUGACAUCUCCUCAGUCAGAUAAAAAAAAAACAGCCAUACCAUUUAUACGAAUGAGAAAAUGUGGUUAAAAAUUGCUGCAGUGUAAAUUGAUCUGUGAACAACAAACAUAGAACCUGCUAUUAGAGAUACCGUAUAUAGGCUGGACUAGAUGGCUCAUUUUACUACAUGUGAUUAAUAAGUGGAAUGACUGCUUCAUAAUUUUGCAACAGCCUACAAAACAAACAACAAAGCAAAUAUAAUUCUGGUAGGUUGUAAUUGCAUCAGCAUGUUUAUGCAGUGCUCCCCAGGAAAUAUCCCAUGUGCCUCACAGCUGGCAUGAGUGAAAGUGUCAAUGAGUUGAUCUUUCCCGACAGCAAAUGGUUUUGCUAAAGUGCUGACCACUGCUAAAAAGAUGUUGCACUCCCCCACGUGAAGCAAGUCUAACUGCGUUCUGGCUCCUCCUAUGGUAUCUUAAAUGUCCACCCUGAAGAGGAAGUGGAUUAAUUGCACUCUUUGAAAUCACCAUUGGUGGACUUGGUGCUGCCAAGGUAAGAGACUCUUUGCGUGUGUGGGAUGUUUUAAUGAUUCUUGAAAGUCCCUACUAUGCACUAUGACAGCUGAGAUAAAGACUUUGCAGGCUCAAAGAGAGUCGCAAACAUAGAUCACACAGACCUUUCAAUUUGUUAAUAAAGGUUGAUGCACUAAAUUCUACUCAAGGAAUCAUCUGCAAUGGAUCAAAUGAAUGACCUGUGGAAUUCAACAGCUUUUACAGACAAUGUCUACAUAUCAAAACGAAGUAUUAGAAAGAUUCUCAUCAGCAAGAGGCAUUAUCUGCCUAUGGAGAGUAACAUUACUGACACCAUGAAAAUUAGUUAUAAUCUACCCAGUGAAGAGGACAUCAGUACUUCUACCAGUUGCGAUGAAAGAAAAACAAAAAAAUUACGAAUCCAAGAGAAUUCAAGGACUCAAGCUACAUGCCACCUUCCUGAUAAAUUUUCUGAGCAAUCCUAUGAAAAGGAGAGAGAAGUUGAUAUAACUGAUGUAAAGGCUGAGCCUGGAUCUGAUUCCCGACUGAAUCAUGAGCACUUGGAAGCGAUCAGCAUCACCAAUGUGAAAGUGAAACAGGAGGUGGAUAUCACUGCGCCACGUGAACUGACAGCGCUUCCAAGAGAUCGGCAGGAGACUGUGGGGGAUGAAUGCGAGGCUGAGGGAAACGAAGCAAACAGCCUGAACUCUUCGCAGAAGCAGGUUUUAAAAAAUCAUUUUGCCUUUGCAGCCAUGAAGAAGCGAGGAAUGGAGGGAGACACGGAAAACCGUCCGUACAAGUGCCCGUACUGCAGCUGGGCUUUCAAAAAGUCCAGCAAUCUGUUGAGCCACAUCGACACUCACCAAGGUCUUAAACCACAUGUUUGUGACCUGUGCGGGAAAGCCUACUCGCACCAAGGAACUCUUCAGCAGCACAAGCGGCUACACACGGGUGAACGACCGUACCAAUGCCCAUUUUGUGAGAAACGCUACAUUUGGUCCUCUGACUUCCGCAAACACAUCCGAACGCACACCGGAGAGAAGCCGUACAUCUGUGAGGAAUGUGGCAAGGAUUUUGUGCGUUCCUCAGACCUGCGGAAGCACGAGCGCAACAUGCACACCAACAACAAGCCGUUUCUUUGCAAGCAGUGUGGCAAAACCUUCAACAAACCCCUGUCUCUUCUCCGUCACGAGCGCACACAUUUGGGUGAGAGGCCCUUUGUUUGCCCGGAGUGCGGGAAAGCAUUUGCCCUGGCCAGUCGCAUGACAGAGCACAGGAAAAUCCACAGCGGUGUGCGUCCCUACACCUGCUCCAUUUGCUCCAAAGCUUUCACCAAGUCCUCCAACCUCGCUGAACAUAUCACAGUUCACAGCGGAGUGCGGCCACACAAGUGCUCAGAGUGUGGGGUGGCAUUCGCCACGGCGUCCCGGCUAGUGCGACACCAGCGUAUUCACGCAGCUAAGUGCUCCUAUCACUGCCAAAGCUGCGAUAUGUCAUUCAGCCACCUUGCGGCACUCAGGAAGCAUCAGAAGCAGCAUGGAGAGGGCACAAUCUUUGUUUGCGGGCAGUGCAGUAAAUCUUUCCCCCAGGAUUCCCUGCUUACAGAACACAUGCAAAGUCAUGCUGACGCUGCGACUUGCAUUACCUAAACCUACCCAUUUCGCAUUAAAGUAACUGGAGGAUAGCAAGUAAACUUGGGUUAUUCUAUCUAUCUAUCUAUCUAUCUAUCAGAAUUCAGCCUUAACAACAUAGUUAUAUUUAGACAUAUUUAACAACAUAGUUAUAGCUAGAAUAAAAAAAAAAACAUUUGGCUUGUACUUAUUUUCAGUAGUGUUAACUGCAGGGAAUUGUGGGGACCACUAAUGAAAAACUUUGAUUUCAAAUAAAUCACUGUGUAUAUUCCUAGUAAAAGAACACACUGUAAACACACUGGUGAGCCAUUUGAAAAAUGUUAAUGGCAGCUGAUGGCAUCUUGCCAAACAAGGCAGAUUUUGUGUGCGAGAGAAACAGAGAAAGUGAUCAAGAAUAUUGUGAAUUCUCUUAGAGCUGUCGGAUGCGCAGUGCUAUUUCAAGUUACAAGAUAUGUUGUUAAAGCUAUAUAAUGUUACUAUUACUAUGUGGUAGUGCUAUAUUUUGGUACUAAAUGUAUGCAGUAGGGGAAAAUGUGUAAUUGUAUUUUGAGGUUGUGAGGAUGGGGUUGGUGGAACAUGUUAUAUGAUGAAUUAAAUUAAUUAUAAACUGUUACCUUUUCUUUUGGACUUAAAUUAAAUUACAUGGUGUAUAAUUGUGAAUAUGUCAUUACCAUCAUAAACAAAAAUGCUUUUUUUUCAAUUUAAAAUGUC